GAAAUUCUCACGUCGGUUACGACUUACCAGCUGUCAGACAUCGAUUGUGAACGCUUUUUGCUGCUUUGGAAAGCAGCAUUUUACGUUUCAUAAACGCGUGUACCGUCCCCCACGGAGGUCAUUAGCGAUAUUAUUUAUCAGUUGCCUCGCGAUACCUGGCCGGAAAUGGACAGUAACGUCCAUCACAACACGCCGCCUCAAACAAGUGCGGAUACUAGUGGCGAAACGUCACAGCAAAGCGAAAUUCCUACUAUGACUAUGCCGUUCACACAAAUUGAUAUACUUGUUCAUUCUGGUGCUUCUGCAACUGGCGCACAGGUCGCAACAACAAAUCGGAUGUCUGAUGGAGAAGAGAUUCCACCCCCGAAACCAGAUUUUAGUGCGCCACCUCCAUAUGAAGUAGCUACCAAAUUACCUAGUUAUGAAGAGGUGCAACGCGAAAAGACCCUACAGGGUGAACCUCAACCUCAAAUACAUAUGCCAGGAAAUAUUAGACCACCACAACAACCUCUGACGAUAUUGGCUAUAGAUACAGAAGCUGCAGAGGGAGAUCCAGAAAGUGGAUUACUUGGCACAGAUUUUAUGUUCUUCACAGCGUUUCUUGUGGCAUUCCUAUUUAAUUGGAUUGGAUUUCUGUUAUUGAUGUGUUUCUGUCAUACUAUUGCAUCUCGUUACGGUGCAUUAGCUGGUUUUGGAUUGUCCCUAACAAAGUGGACACUUAUUGUCAAGCAUUCCACUGAUCUUGCAUCACGAGAAAAUUCAUGGCUCUGGUGGUUAAUAAUGGCAUUUGGAGUGCUAAUUUGUGUGCGUGCCAUCGUCCAAUAUCUGAACAUCAAGCGUGGUUGGAGACUACUGUCCGGAAGUGCACAGGAGCGUCUACUUUUUUUCUAUUGAAAACCAUUGAAUCUGCACCUUUAUUCAACUAUGCUUUAGAACAAACACAGCAUUUCUAUAUGUGGGAUCGUAUUUGUAUAAUAUAUAAUCGACAUUCUUAAGGGAAAGCAUUGUAUAGAUCGUAAUAUUUAUCAAUCGUAUCUAUAUAGAAUAAACAGAUCUUCAAAACAAUUUGCCAAACUCACUAUGUGAAAUGAAGACAAUGCAAGAAACUAUAAAGAGAGGCGACUUGUCUUUCGCACACAUACCAAAACACAAAUAUUGUUUUAUGUGACGUCCUACGAGAUAGGCUACA